AUGAGUCCUCUGGGCCGGGUUACUCUGCAGCCUACCUGGAAAGCAGCCCUGCUCGCCGUGCUCUCCCUCAUGGUGCCAGCUCUUAGUGUGUGCCAGGCUGCAGGCCCAGCGCAGGGCUCAGCCAAUCCACAGAACUGUCCGGGUGUGUGCUCCUGCACGAACCAGCUCAGCAAGGUGGUGUGUACUCGCCGAAGUCUGGUAAGGGUACCUCCCAACAUCCCACCUAACACCAGGUACCUGAACCUGAUGGAGAACAGUAUAGAAACCAUCCAGGCAGAUACCUUCAGGCACUUGCAUCAUCUGGAGGUGCUGCAGUUGGGCAGGAAUGCUAUCAGGCAGAUUGAGGUGGGUGCCUUCAAUGGCCUGACCAGCCUCAACACCUUAGAGCUGUUUGACAACAGACUGACAGUCAUACCCAGUGGAGCCUUCGAGUACUUGUCCAAGUUGAGGGAGCUGUGGCUUAGGAACAACCCCAUUGAGAGCAUCCCCUCCUACGCUUUCAACCGUGUCCCCUCCCUCAUGAGACUGGAUCUGGGAGAACUGAGGAAGUUGGAAUAUAUCUCUGAUGGGGCCUUUGAGGGCCUCCAAAAUCUCAAGUACCUCAAUCUGGGGAUGUGUAACCUGAGGGAGUUUCCCAAUCUUUCUCCAUUGGUAGGAUUGGAGGAACUAGAGAUUUCAGAGAAUGUUUUCCCUGAGCUGAAGCCUGGGGCCUUCCGUGGGCUCAAGUCCUUGCGUAAACUGUGGAUUAUGAAUUCUGCUAUCACAACAAUUGAGAGGAAUGCAUUUGAUGACAUUACAGCCUUGGUGGAGCUAAAUUUAGCCCAUAACAACCUCUCAUCCCUCCCACAUGACCUCUUCACCCCUCUACAGUACCUAGUGGAGCUUCACUUGCACCACAACCCUUGGCGAUGUGACUGUGAUGUAGUGUGGCUCUCUUGGUGGCUCAGAGAAUACAUUCCCACUAAUUCCACAUGCUGUGGACGGUGCCACACCCCGGCCCAUAUGAGAGGACGAUACCUGGUGGAGGUGGAUCAGACCACCUUUCAGUGUUCAGCACCAUUCAUUCUGGAUGCUCCUAGAGACCUGAACAUCUCAGCAGAGAGGGUGGCAGAAUUGAAGUGUCGCACAGCCGCCAUGAGCUCUGUUCGAUGGCUUCUCCCCAAUGGGACAGUGUUGACACAUGGUUCAGCUCACCCACGAAUAUCAGUCCUUAAUGAUGGAACACUCAACUUCUCCAACGUUCUUCCAUCAGACACAGGGGUGUACACCUGCAUGGUGACAAACAUGGCAGGAAAUUCCAAUGCAUCAGCCUACCUGAAUGUCAGUAAUGCUGAGCUCAACACCUCCAUCCUGUCCUACUUCACCACGGUAACAGUGGAGAUCUUAGAGCCCACAGUGGAAGAGACCCCUAAACCCAAGCCAACUGUCCCUGCCUCACCUUCUGUCUUUCAGCCAGUCUUCAUCUCCACACCCACCGUGCUGCUUCAGAACACACAGACUCCACGGCAAGUGUCUAUUCCAACGGCCAGAGUCCCUAGUGGGCCAGCUGCCAGCCUAGAUGAGGUGAUGAAGACUACCAAGAUCAUCAUCGGCUGUUUCGUUGCCGUCACCCUACUUGCUGCUGCAAUGCUAAUAGCAUUCUACAAGCUACGCAAGCGACAUCAACAGAGGAGCACGGUGGCAGCAGUCAAGACCAUAGAAAUCAUACAGAUGGAGGAGGAGGUCCCUCCUGUUCCACCACCAAACUCUGGGUCUUGUGUCUCUGAUGAGGCAGGGCUGAUGCUGCCUACCUUGGUCGAGCACAACAGCAACACCUUUAAACCGGGGUACGUCUCCUCAUCUUCUUCAUCGCGCCGAGGGGCCUAUGGAGCCCACUGGACCCAGAACAACCUAGGCAACUCUCUGCACCGCUCUGUCAGACAGCACCACAGCCACAUCAGCACCAUCGCUGAGCCCUACAUCAUUAAGACUAGUCACAAGGAGAAGGUUCAAGAAACCCAAAUCUGA